AUGGUAGAUGACCCGCUUCGGGCACUUCUCCGCGGAUGUCAUGGCGCUGCAGUAGCAAGUUGGAAAUCGAAGUCAGCCGCAUCCGCCAGGGCUGAGCUUAUACGAACGCCGUCCUCAGCAGCGCUCUCUCGCGAGCUUGACUUCUUCGGGACUUCCUCGAAGAGACUGGAAGUCACGGACAAAGCUCAAUCCAGUUCACCAGGGCGAAACAAUGUCAAAUCUGUCGCGCCCACGUCCGCUGACAUGUCUGCAGCUGUGGCCAGUCCCACCUUGGAAGCUGCUCUAGCUCACAUGGGUAUUGUGUCUCCCACAGCCGUACAACGCCGUGCGAUUCCCGCCAUGCGUGCCGGUAACGAUGUGGUGGCGGUGGCGCCUACAGGGUCUGGUAAGACGCUUGCUUAUGCCGUUCCUUUACUUUCAGAGUUACUGUCCGGGAGUCGGGCGCAACAUCGUUCAGCCCCACAUGCGUUGGUGCUAGCCCCAACAAGAGAGCUUGCAGAGCAGAUUGGUCGCGUUUUUACGAGGCUUUCUUCAGAGGCACGGGUGAAUGCGCGGAUAAAGAUUGUUUGCUCGAAGGCCGCUGCUGCCGGCCUCAAGGCUGCUGAUGGGUUAAUUGAUAUUGUGAUUGCGACCCCAAUGAGGCUUGUGGCCACCCACCAAGCUGGUGCAAUUAACCUUGGGCGCGUGGCCCAUGUCGUUCUGGACGAGGCAGACGAGCUUUUCGCAGGAAAUUUUCUCGAGCAAGUUGAUGACGUCUUAGCUUCAUGUGGAUCACAACUUAAGGAUGGAACGAGGGUGCAUAUGUUUUCAGCCACUUUUCCUCCCGCAAUAGAAACGUUGGCACAAGGGCUGUUGAAGAAACAAAAGAAGAUCGUUAUUGACGGUGGGGCUUAUGGAGGUUCUGCUGCCGUUGGAGGGGUUGCGGCGAGGAUCGAACAAAAGUUUAUGUUUGUCGGUGGUAGGGGAGAACAAGGGAAGGUCAUGGCCGUGCGGGGUUUGCUCAAAGAGGGCUUGAGAGCGCCGAUACUUUUGUUCGUGCAAACGAAGGACCGAGCUGCUGAGUUGUACCGAGAAUUGGUUUAUGAUGGAGUGAAAGUAGAAGCAAUUCAUGCUGACCGAAGCCAACAAGCCCGCAUGCGCGCCGUAGAGCGAUUUCGAACAGGCGAAGUGUGGGUUCUAAUCGCAACAGACGUAUUGGCACGCGGGUUGGAUUUUCUAGCGGUAGAGAGUGUGGUGAACUACGACAUGCCGAGUAGCGCAUCGGCAUACGUGCAUAGAAUCGGAAGAACAGGGAGGAACGGGCGAAAAGGGACGGCAGUGACGCUGUUCACUGAGGAAGAUCGAGUACUGCUAGGUCCUGUUCUGAAAGUGGCAAAGGUGAGUGGAGCAGACGUGCCAGAGUGGGCGUUGAAACUGAAAGGCGUGAGAAAAGAUGUGGUGAGGAGAAUGGAGAAGAGACCACCAACGCGGAAGCGAAUUGGGGGACCUAAUCGUGGAAGCAUUGGAAAACGACACAAAAAGGAAAAGAGGUUGGAGUCGAGGAGUCGGACUGAGAAGGGUGAAGCAGAUAGCGAAUCGACAAGUGACGGGAAGAAAAGAAAUUCAGCGACAAAGGGAAAACAGACGAGGAGGAAGAAAAGGGGUGCAAGCGAUGGUCUUAACGUUGCUACCAGUCUUGAAGAAGAAGAGUAUGAAUGA